GAGAGUUUGUGAAAAUGGAGAGCUGCUGCAACAAGAGUCAUGGGUUUCUGCUCAUGGUUCUCUUGUGUUCAAGUGUUGGAAUCUCAGUUCAAUACAGACAGUUACGAUCGACACCUUCCCCAACCAAAAGGCACUUCCAUUUCAAUGUUGAAUGGAAGAACAUGACCCUUUUGUGCAGUACCAAGCCUCUCCUCACCGUAAACGGCAAGUACCCGGGCCCCACGAUCGCCGUUUAUGAGGGCGAUGACGUUGAAAUUAUGGUCACAAACCAUGCUGACUGUAACACUACCUUCCAUUGGCAUGGAAUAAGGCAAUUUCGAACAGGGUGGGCUGAUGGGCCAGCAUACAUAACACAGUGUCCCAUCCAAAGCAAAAGAUCCUACACCUACAAAUUCACAGUCGAUCAGAGGGGCACGUUUUGGUGGCAUGCACAUAUAUCAUGGCAAAGGGCAUCCGUUCAUGGGCCUUUCAUCGUCUACCCUCGAAAACCAUAUCCUUUUCAAACCCCAAUUAAAGCUGAUAUACCCAUAAUAAUCGGAGAAUGGUGGAAGAGAGACAUCGAAGCCAUGCUAGCAGAUUCCAUGAUGUCGGGGGCAGCAGCCGAUAUUUCAGAUGCAUAUACCAUCAAUGGUUCACCUGGACCCCUCUACCCCUGUUCUGCCAAAGAUACGUUUGUACAGACUGUAGAGCAUGGCGAGACUUAUAUGCUCCGGAUCAUCAAUGCAGUCCUUAAUGAAGAGCUCUUCUUUGCCGUCACCAACCACUCACUGACUGUCGUUGAGAUCGAUGGCACAUACAUAAAGCCCUUCGUGACCCCGGCAAUAAUGAUUGCUCCUGGACAAACCACCAAUGUCCUACUCACCACAAACCAAGCAACCUACUCCAAAAGUUUCUCAAUGGCUGCAAGGCCAUAUGUCAGCAGCAUUUUCCCCUUCGACAACACCACCACUGUCGGUUUCAUCCAUUACAUAAGGACCAAGAAGACAACGGAGAUCCAACAACCUUCUCCUGAUUAUCCGAGCAAUCCUCAAGGCAUUUCUCUCCCUCACCUUCCUCCCUUGCAGGACACCGCCUUCAACACUGAAUUCUCCAACAAACUUCGGAGCCUUGCUUCCCCUAGCUUCCCAUGCAAUGUGCCCGAGAAAGUCGACAAACAGGUCUUCCUAACCAUAAGCCUCAACCUCCAAAACUGCCCUCCAAACCGCAAGUGCAAAGGCCUAUACGGCAAGCAGUUCUCUGCUUCCAUUAACAACCAAUCCUUCAUUCACCCAACCAUUUCUAUCUUGGAGUCACAUUACCGAAAUCUCACUACGCACCCCCUUUCCCUGGACUUCCCUGAAAAGCCAGUGCAUCCCUUCAACUACACUGGCACUUCAUCUCUGCAUGCGAACAUGAACUCAGAGUUCGGCAACAAACUCCUGUCUGUACCUUAUGACACUUGCUUGGAGUUUGUGCUGCAAGAUACAAGCUUCCUCAACUUGGAGAACCACCCAAUCCACUUCCAUGGACACAACUUCUUCAUAGUGGGCAGCGGCUUUGGAAAUUUCAACAGCAAGAGGGACCCGGCAGGUUUCAAUCUAGUGGACCCACCAGAGAGGAAUACUAUAGCAAUUCCAAGAGGGGGAUGGGCGGUGAUCAGGUUCAAGGCAGAUAAUCCUGGGGUUUGGUUUAUACACUGCCACAUAGAAGAACACAGCACAUGGGGCCUAGCGAUGGGAUUCAUCGUCCAAAAUGGCCCUGACCCUUCUCAGUCCCUCCUCCCUCCUCCCAAGGAUCUUCCCCAGUGUUGAUACUUUCAUGUCAUGACUACCCAUGGUGAACGUUCUUUUAAUUACCAUACAUAUAAUGAGCACUCUCAUACCACGCAGCCAGUUUCAUCGUCUACUCAGAGGAAAACCCCAGUUCUUCACCCA